CCGGCAGCACCAACCGAGACACCGAUCCGGACAACAGCGGAAUUUCUCUGCAGCAAAGACUUCAAGUCCGAGCUCGUGAUCCAGCAUGGCUUUGGAUUGCAGGGCCUUGCCGCAGCCGGCGGCCGCCUGCGUCGCCGCCGUCGAGGUGGCAAGGCCGUGGUCAGGGGACGGCGGUGCCAGUUCGUCUACGGAGGAGAGGGAAAGGGACCUCGCGAUGGACGUGGCGCUGCUGUGGGACGACGAGGGGAGGAUGAAGCGGGAGCUGGUCGCCUGGGCCAAGGCCGUGGCGUCGAUGGCCAUCAGGGAGUCCAUGCGGUGCUAAGCCUGGUGCAUGCGCGCAGCAGAGGCAAUGAAGCCAUGGAGGAACCAUGGAUCGAUGUUUUCUUUUAGGAAUGGGUCGCUGGGCUACAUUUUGUUUCCUCUGAAUCCUUUGUUCACGGAGCAAUCGGUCGAUCAUUCCGGAUGUAAAUGUUUUUGGAAAGGAUGGAGGAUUACUUAAACUACUAUGUUUUCCA